AUGGCAUUGGCUCUUCGUUCGUUGUUCCUCCUUUGUGGGUUGAAUGGACUGCUGACUGGAGUCGGGUCUUUCCCUUCGAAAAUGUUCAAAGACGUGAGCUGUCCUGAAGGAUGGACACAGCUGGAUUGCAGGUGUUACAUCUACCAAAGUGAAGCGAGGGAAUUUGCAGAUGCAGAGGCCGUCUGCGGCAUUCUUGGUGGCAAUCUGAUCUCCAUCGGCAGUGACUUGGAGAAUGCGAUCGCGCAAGAGUUGAGUGAGGACGGAGGUAGUGUAGUCUGGAUUGGUUAUCAUGAUGCCGUCGAGACCUACGCCGCUAAAACAGACCUGAUUUACUACCCUUCGCCGUAG